ACCUGUGCUCGCUCGGGUAGACUUUCGGGAGAGAGGAUGGCGGCCGAGGCCGGCGCCGUUGCAGCCAUGGAUGCGGCAGAGAAGGCACGAGGGAAAUAUGCUGCCCUCUCCUUUGCUGCCAUUGCCAUCGUGGUGGGGCUGCCGCUGUGGUGGAAAACGACGGAGACAUACCGCGCCUCACUGCCCUAUUCCGAGAUCGCCGAGCUGGACACGCUCCUGUUCCAGCUGACGGUGCCCAUUUCAGUCGUGUUCGCCAAAGGGGUCCUGCCUGGAGUCGAGGAGGGCAAACUCCCGUUUCGGACCACACAGGUGGCGGAGAUCCCCAUGAACUCCAAGACCAGCGUGACGGCCCGCUACGAGGUCUCCUUUCGCUGCGCCACUUCUCAGGAGGAAACCAUCCUGUCGCAGGCCUCUGUGCAAGAGGCGGACGACCAGCUGCUUCCCACCGAAGGGAUGCCGGCGGGCUCGCUGGCAGUCUAUGUGAUCCCACAGAGCUCUCUCCUCCUGCCACAGGAGGCGACUGUGUACCUCGGCAAGCACCGCAGCGCCAUCCUCAGGGGCCUUCGGGGCGCGGAAGACACGCUGGUGUCGGUGGCCGCCCAAGUACAGCAGCUGGCCCGGGCCAUGUCGUUCACUCCUGAGUCUGUGGCGGAAGCGUUGGCCGACCGCGUCCUCAUUGGCCUGCCAGGCGCCGAGUGGAAGCGCCCGUUCAAGUCCAGCUUGGGCUACGAGAUCACCUUCAGCUUGCUGAACCCCGACCCAAAAUCCCACAGCGUCCACUGGGACAUCGAGGGGGCCGUCCGGCGCUACGUGAAGCCCCUUCUGGACAAGCUGAGCCCGGUGGCCGAGUUCUCCGUGGACUCGCAGAUCCUCUACUAUGCCGCUCUGGGGGUCACACCACGCUUUGAUGCUCCAUCCUCCAGCUACAUCCUGAGCGCCCACAGCCUCCCGCACGUCAUUAACCCCGUGGAAGCCAGGCUGGGGUCCAGCGCCGCCUCGCUUUACCCCGUCCUCAACUUCCUCCUCUACGUGCCGGAGCGCUUCCAUUCGCCGCUCUACAUCAAGGGCAAGGACGGGGCCACUGCCGUGCCCAGCAACGCUUUCCACAGCCCCCGCUGGGGUGGGAUCAUGGUGUACAACGUCGGACCUGACGGUGCCAACGAGACCUCCCUGCCCAGGAGGGUGGAUGUUGACACGGUGCAGGUGAUGGAGGUCUUCCUGGCCCAGCUGCGGUUGCUGUUCGGGAUCUCUCCUGGGCCGCUGCCCGAUGGGGCCCUGCUGGGAAACCCCGGGAGCGAAGGCCUCGCCGACUGGGAGCUGGACCGCCUCCUGUGGGCCCGGACGGUGGAGAACGUGGCCACGGUGUCCACCACUCUGACCUCGCUGGCUCAGCUGCUGGACAAGAUCAGCAACAUUGUGAUCAAGGACGACGUGGCUUCGGAGGUGUACCGCGCCGUGGACUCGGCCCAGAAGGCGAUGCUGGAGCUGGAGCAGGGCAGCCUGAACUCUGCCUUCCAGGCCAGCAAGGCGGCGGUCACGUCCUCAGAGCGGGCCUUUUUUGACCCAUCCCUCCUGCACCUGCUCUACUUCCCCGAUGACCAGAAAUUCGCCAUCUACAUCCCGCUCUUCCUGCCCAUGGCCGUCCCCAUCCUGCUCUCCCUGGUGAAGAUCUUCCGGGAGAGCAGGCAGAACAAGAAGGUGCCGGCCAAAGUGGACUGAGCGCCCCCUACUCCUGCUGCCGACGGAGGACAGCUACUGAUGGUGACAGACUUCAGAUACUUGUCUUUCUGGGACAGUACCAAUCUUCAGCAGAAUUGAGAAGGGAAGAACAAAUACUUUGAGGGGGGAGAUAGAGGAGGGAGCAGUUUGCUGAUGAUUUUCUGCUGGGGUCCCUGCAGGGGGGGUCUUCCAUAGGAAAUAAGGGAGGCUGCUGAGUCUAUGGUGGGAAGUGGGAUUCCUUCCCUUCUAAAGAAGAGUGGGUCUCUGGUGUUGCCUCCCCACCGAGAAUUCCACCCCCUGUCCUGUUUGGUAGGUACUUUAAAAUAAAGGUGUUCCCCUUUUAUGGGGACGUGUGUUGGAACGAUGCGAUGGUAAUAAUUGCAUUCAUUUAAUUUUAAGCGCUUUUAUCCCACUCCUCUGCCCAAACGGUUCCGCUGGAGCAGCUAUCAGGCAGCCGAUAAAAACAAGACGGUCUCUGCCUGCGGGCUUGCGACCUAAAAAAAAAAAGACACCACCACACGAGAAAGAAGCGAAGAGGAGGGAAGAGGAAAAAUUUAAUGAGCUGCGCUUUCCUGUAGUUCUUGUUCCAGUGCAAUGGCAGGAGAGGUUCAGACGGUCUCUUUGAGCCCAGUUCUCUGCAGAAAGGUUUGGUGGUUGCAAGGCCCCCUCUGCUGUCAUUGCCAAUGAAGAAAUGGGGAGGGGACCCCCUCCCCCACUUUCCUCCAAUUGGCUUGAAGAGAUGGAAAGCUUCUAUCUUCUCUGUUCUUGGGUGAGCGAAGAGAGGAUGUCCAUGUGUUUGGAGCUCAGGUGACACAGUUGGUGUAUUGCUGUUUGCCUCCUUUAAAACAUAAAACGUUAAACCAUGUACGCCCCAGUGUAACAGAGGGGGAGCACGCAGACUGCAAAAUGUAAGAAUAUACUUUUUUUAAAAA